AUGUCCAUAGAGAUCUGGCCUCCCGUAUCCCCGGAGGAGCUGGCCGUUAAAAAGAAGGAAUCCCUCAGGCGCGAGCUAGAAUGGAUCGUAAACGAAACCCAAACCAUCCUGAAGGAUAUCCGCCACGGACUGCAGGAUUGCUAUGCCCUUCUCGCUCCUAUCGACCCAGGUAGCACGCUCGUCAUGAGCACACAGCGAAACGAGCGUGUAAAGGGCACGGUAACCCGAGUCGGCACAAGGAUAGUCAAAGGCGCAAUCCAUCUCCAGCUCAAGACCCUCCCAACACAAACCGUGACCAUCGAUGCCUCCCACCCGAUACACAUCGCCGCCCUCGAGACUAUCCAUACCCACCUAACAGAGUGCAUCGAUCUGCUCUCUCUAACCUCCACCACCCCCACACAGAACGCGAGCCAGCUCGCCGCUCAGCUCCGAAUCCUCUCCGCCUCCCUCGGAGAGUCCUCUUCUCUUCUUAAAGGCCCGCCGCUGAACGAAGCCGACCCCCGCUGGCAAACCGACUCCUGUCCGCCCGUUCACUUUUCUCCACCCCUCGGACCGAAUGUCAGCAUACAUCUAGGGCUGCAGGAGUCAAGUCUGGUGUUGUGGCUUCGCGCGCUGGAGCCCGUCGAUGCACCGCAACAUUUUGGUACGAAACUGGGUCUUGCGCUGGGAACGGUGCGGAGGUUGGAACACGAUGAGAUGGACCGCCCGUUUCGGUUCUCGUAUAGCACCAUUACGGACGGCGGGGAGAAGCACAAGCACGGUAGGGCGCACCCAACGAGCGGCGCGAGUAGCGUUAGCGGGCUGGGAACGCCAUCGAGCAACGGCGAACCGAACGAGGUGUUUGUGAGAGAGAAGGUCCGCGUCGAGAGCUUACCUGACCCCAACCUCAUGUCCUUGUCUUCGAAGCUAAUUGCUUUGGGAUAUACGCUGGCUAGCGCAAGGAGGAAUCUAGCGGCUGUCAUGGGCGAAGAAGUUGACGAGUGA